AUGACCAAAGUGCCAUCUACCAAGAAGUUACAAAGAAUUCCCAGCAAGAAAGCCCUUUGGCUGUUUUCAGGCUCAGAUCAACUGACCCAGCAGGCCUCAGACAAGACAGCCAAGAACCCCAAGUACAUAGACAAGGAAAUUGUAAACCUCAAAAAGGAUCUUAUCCGAAGCCGCUUCCUGAUCCAGUGUGUGAAGAUAGGCCGCGGCUACUUCAACAUACUGCGAGAGGAAAAUGCCAUGAAAAAGAAGCAGCAGCAACUCCAGAAGCUGCAGGAGGAAGAGCUGAACAAGUUCCAGCCGGCCAAGAAGAUCUCGGACAUCCACUGCAGGGACACCCUGCUGACAACCUACGACUACGAAAAGAUCAAGAAGUUGGAGGCCGGUGUCAUCAUCCGCCCGUUCACGCCCAUCCACAACUGUAUCAUGGCGCCCUCCCUGCCUGAGUCUCACGUGGAUCCCCUCUUCCGCCAGCUGUGUGCCCUCCACUGGCUUCUAGAGGCCCUGACUAUCGACCACACCCACCACACCAUGAGGCCCUUGAUUGCCUGUUGGAACCCCAAGGACCCAGGUGGUAGCAAGAGUACAAUAAAGAAGGUCAUCAAGGACAAGUCCAUGGGGCAGAGGUGGGAUCACUUCGUCACGGCACCCAAGACCAAGAAAGUCAAAGCCCCUGCCAUCCGCACAGCCAGCCGCAAGCCCAGCAAGCGAGGCUCCACCCUCAGCCUGACUCGGACCAGUGGGGGCUCCUCUCCCCAGAGCAGCAUGAUGUCAAUGAACCCCAGCUCUGACGAGCCCACGGGCAGCAAGGACAUUGAAGACAACGAGUCAUCCUCCACUAAGCCGGAAGAGGAAAUCCUCCACUUCAACUUGCAGAAGCUCCUGGAGAUGGUCCGGGAAGAUGCCCGGAGAACCAUCUUGGUGGAGAACGAGAUGCAGAAGAAAGCCCCCAGCAUCCUGUCUUUAGUCAAGCAAAUCAAGAGCGACUAUGGGUGGAAGGAGUGGCAGACCACACACAAGUCCAGCGAGCGGUCCAGCACUACGAGUGGAGAAAGCCAUAUCCAGGUGACGCAGAAGAAGUCGAAGAGCCGAGCUAACCGUGACAUCAUCUAUUGCAAGACUGGGGUGUGUAACACCAUGCGGGCCAAGUUUUACAGCGUAGCCCAGGAGGCCGGCUUCUGCCUGCAAGACAAGAUGGAAAUCCUCAGGAAACGCCAGGAGGAACGAGGCCUCCAGAAGUUCCACUCCUUUAUUGUCGCCUCGAACUUCCAGAAGGACAUAGCAAAGAUGAGACACCAGGUCUCGAUAGUGAAGGGGGAUGCGGAGGAGAUUGCCGACCACUGGUACUUUGAUCUGUUAUCCAAGCUCCCUGAGGAUCUAAAGAGCUUCCGGCCAGCCAAAAAGAUCCUGACGAAGCUGCAGAAGUUUGGAGAGAACCUGGACCUGAGGAUCCGGCCGCACGUCCUCCUGAAGGUGCUCCAGGACCUGCGGGUCUGGGAGCUGUGCUCCCCGGACAUUGCGGUGGCCAUUGAGUUUGUGAGAGAACACAUCAUUCACAUGCCGCAGGAGGAUUACAUCAACUGGCUGCAGGGCCGGGUCAGCAUGCCCAUCAGGCAUCGCACCAUCCUGACGUAG